AUGUCUUAAUGCGAGAUAGAGUGUUGUGACAAAGGAAUAGUGAUUAAUGGCAUAUGUCGAUGUGAUAUUGGAGCAUUUGGUGAUGAGUGUUAUGAGAAUUUAUAAGACCUUUACAUAGCUCCCUAUUACACAUUCUAAGGUGUUUAUUGUGCUGCUUUUCUUUUUAUUCUCUUUAUAACAAUUCGUCAAUUCUAGGCUUCUUUAAAGACAUCUAAAAUUCCAUCUUAUUACACGUAAUUGUUCUGAACAAAUUGUAGUUGUUUUCAGUAUGCAUAUGCUUUAAUAGGAUCACCUUAGAAUUAUAUACUUGUUCUAACGAUUAUAUUAUCAACUUGCAAACUGAUUUGGUUGAUUUUAGAUCCCUUUGAAAUUUAUGUAAUUAUAACUAGCUCUUAUUAUACUAGAUAGGAAAGACCAUUGUUAUUGAGAGAUUAUUAUCAGAAGUGGUUUACACAUUAUUAUUCUAUAUAUAUGGUUGUUUAUUGAUUGUUUGGUAUACAAUGUAUGAUGAAAUAUCAUUCAAUGUUUAUAAGGAUAAGACUAAAAGGAAAUAUAUUUUCAAAUUUUAUAAGGAAGUUUUAAAGUUCAGACUUUUUAUAGUCUUUCUAGUAUAGAUUACUGUAAGUACUAUGAAUGGUAUUAAUUUAUAUUCCAAUAAAUUAGGGCUUAGAAAAGGUGUAUAAUAUCCUGCUUUUUUGAUGUUCUGCUAUAUUUUUCUAUUAGCCAAUUUCUUUUUUUUCAUUUUUGAGUUUCUAAUCUAUGGAAAAUCUCUUCAAAAAUGUAUUAAAGAAUAGAUUUCUAAUUGCAAAGUAAAAUUUAUGGAGUAAUAAAAAUUAAAUAAUGAUCAAAUUGAUCAAAUCCCUUAAAAUGAUAGUUUAAGUAAGUCUCCUGAAUCUAUUCAUCGAUAUCUUAGAAUGUCUAGAUAAGUGAGUAUUGAAGAUGAAAAAAAUGAAAAUAAAGAUGAAGUCAAAUAAACUGAAGAAAUCAAACCUAAAAUUGCAGUUACAAAAAUUAAAUCUGUAUCAUUCGCAAGAACUUUUAUUAAAGGAAUGAGGGGUUCAUCCUUUUUCAGACAAGAAAGUUUAAAACAAUUAAAAAAUCUUCAAAAAAAUUAAGAAAAUAAACCUGAAAACUCUUAACUUGAAAAUCAAUUCUAAUAAGAAUAACCAGAAGUAUAAAUGAAUAGUUGUUGUCUUAAAGAAGACUAAUUAAAUGAUCUAAAAUGGGAGAAUGAUGAUGAUAGAUUUACUUAUUAAGAAACUGUUAAAUAAUAAAUAAAAGCUGUAAAAGAAACUAAGGAAUAGGCUGAAAAACGAAAAUUAUCAGAAGUAUAAAAUUAAAAAUCUAAAUCACAAAAUGAAAAUAAAAAAUUAAGCUUAUUCAAUAAUUGUUCAAUAGAAUAACAAACCUAAUAACUUCGCUAUUAAUCUGAUGAAUACUAAGAAAAGUACAACAACAAAUCAGCUAAUUUAGUUAUUGACAGAUAGAUUUUAUUUAAGAUAUAAUUAUUGGUUUACUUUGGAAUUAUUUUGGAAAUUUUAUUUGGUGGCUUGAGUAUAACAGUAUUACUAACUGAUUUAAUAAGAAAUCCAGUAGGAUAACUCAUUUACUUAUAUGGAUCAUCAACACUGCAAUUUUUUUCUUUGAUUACAGUUUUAAAGUUAUUUCGAGAUAUUAAAAAUUAAGAAAUAAAGAAUCUUAUUUGGAUUUAGAAAGUAGGUAGUAAAAAAAAUUAAAUCAAUUAAAACUAUUUCUUUACCAUUCCAAAAGAUUAAAAAGAUGAUGAAUAAAAAUAAAAAUUAGAAUAGAGAAUAAAUAUGAUUACUCUAUAUUGA